AUGAGCAUGCUAAAAGUAAAUACUACAUUUUGUGGGGAAUUUAUCAAAAAAGCUGAAGAGGUGGAAAUUUUAGAACGAAAAUAUUUUCAAACUAAAAAUAAAGUUAUUGAUGUGACUACCGAUUUAAAAUAUUGGUUUGAAGUUUACGUUAAAAAUGUUGUUUUGACUGAUUUAUCUGAAUUCGAGGAAUCUCAAAGUGGUUGGGCACAGAAUAAAAUUAUAUCUUUAGAAAUAAACAUUAAUAAGUUUGAAAUGGCUAAAGUAGCCUCAUCGUAUAUUCAAUUGCAUCCUAAAGUUGCCCGAAAACGUGCUUGUAUCAAUGUUAGGAAUAACGAUCAGGCUUGUUUUGCAUGGGCCAUUGUAUCAGCACUAUAUUCAGUUAACAUAAACACUAACAAAACUAGUUCAUACCCCCAUUACACCAAUGUCCUUAAUUUAAAAGGUCUUACAUUUCCAGUAACUCUAAAUCAAAUUCCUCUCAUUGAAAAAAAUAAUGAAAAUAUUUCCGUUAAUGUUUUCGAGUUAAAUGUUAAAGACGAGGAUUUCAAUUUUUCUGUGCUUCCUGUAAGAUUAACUAAACAAAAACGAGAAAAACAUGUCAAUCUUUUAAUAGUUCAAAAUAAAUAUUAUUUUAAUAAUAAAGCGGACAGCAUCGAACCAUGGAGUGAUGGACAUGAUGAAGAUAUAAUACAUUUUCACUAUAUUUGGAUAAAAGAUUUAGAUUUGUAUUUAAAAUUGAAAUCUAAAGUAGGGACGUUGGAAAUAAAAUAUGCAAAAAUACUGUGGCUGAGAAUAGCUGAAGAAUUAAAUAGUGUUGGCAUAACAGCAACUCCCAACAAUUGCUUAAAUCGGUGGAGGGUGCUGGAAAGAAACUAUAACAAAUUGGUUGACAAUCAAAAAAAAACGGGUAGAGGGCGUAAAUAUUUUGAGUACGAGAAGGAGAUGGAUCAGAUUUUUGGAAACAAAAAAAACGUUAACCCCGAAAUAUUGUUAAGUAGUGAUACUUACCAUAUAAUAGAGGAAAAGAAACAGGAUAUAGAUGAGGGUGUAUGUCAGAAUACUGAACAUAUUGAAGAAAUUCCAUGUACACAAACACCUAAAACGCCUAUCAAAAGGCUUCGAAAUAAAAACUCCGAAUUACAAAAAAUGAGAACAGACAGAGCAAAUUAUUACCAAGAAAGACUGCCCUUCUCCCUAGUACACGAUGAAGCAUUUGUGAAACUUCUUAGAGAAUUGGAACCCGAGUACAAACUACCAAGUAGAAACACUGUUGUCAACGUGUUACUGGAGGAACAAUACCAAUCAAUUAAAAAUUCUUUGGAAAGAGUGAAAAAAAUCACCAAAAUGGAGCUUUAUACUAUUGUUAAGGAUUUUAAAGGAAAUAAAAUUGAAGAAAAAUUUUCGUUGUUAGAAGAAAGACUUGCGCAACUAACUUCAUGCUCAUCCGAAAGAAAUGUUUUUACCCGUUCUUUGAAAUAUUUCAAGACCAGUUUCAAAAAAAGAUGGUCGUUAGCCCGUAAUACUGAUAGAAGAUUAUUAGAAAACAAUAUGGAAUGGCUUAAUGUAUCACUGGAACUACCUACUUGGACCCACAAAGCAGGUCGACUAACAAAAGAAUUCGGAGAAUUGUGUGAGCAGAGAAAAUACACACCACAAGGAGCUUUAGCGUUAUUUAUGGAAGGUAAUUUUACAAGAAGGCAGUGGGAAUUAAUACAAGGUGGCCAAAAAGAAAUUUAUCCUUGGUAUUCGAUUUUACAAAAAGCGAAGGAGGAGUGUUAUCCUGCCGACGAUAGCAUACAAGUUACUGAAACUAGCUUUGCAGUGGAAUUUCAAGCUUUGCUGAACCAUACGGCUUUGCGACUACUUCAAUAUUUAACAGAAGUAGUUGACACGUUAUCAGAGUUUGAGAAGCAACAUCUUACCUUAAUAUUAACAUGGGUUUGUGAUGGAUCUAAUCAGACAAAAUUUAAGCAAAAAUUUGGCAACACUGACGACGAUGAUGCCAAUAUAUUUUUAAGUUCUCUUGUGCCUGUGAGAAUCGUUGUUUCUGUGAAUCGAGAGACAAGAAAAAUUAUAUCGCAAAAUCCAGUGCCUUCUUCGGUGAGAUUCUGUCGUUCUAGCCGGGCUCGAUUCAUUCACGAAACAAAGGAUGUCACCAAGGAAGAAAUUACUUGA